AUGAUGUUUUCUACGAACAUAAAUAAAAAUAUCAAUCGUCAUUUAAUUGAAAUAAAACCUAAUAGAGAAAAUAUUCGUUUAAUUUAUUUAAAUAAUAUUGAACCAACAUUUGAUAUACAAUCAAAUCUACUUAAAAUAAAUCCAGCUACACAAUUUUAUACUAAUAUUCAAUUAUGUAUUGAUUUUAUAAAAACAAUUUCUAAUGAAGAAAUUUUUUUAAUUAUAUCAAAUAUAUUAUUAUCAAAUAUAUUUGAUUAUAUUUAUUUUUUACAACCAAUUAUUGCUAUUUUUAUUUAUGAUGAUAAACAAGAAAUUAAUGAAUUAAAAAUUAAAUAUCCGAAAAUAAUUGAUAGAUAUACAAAUCAAAAUGAUUUAUUAAAAUCAAUUCAAGAAAAAAUUCAAUUUAUUGAAAAACAAACAUUUAUUUAUAGUUUAUUUGAUCAAAAACAUAAAUCAAUAAGAGAUUUAACAAAAGAAUCAGCUACAUUUCUUUGGUAUCAUAUGUUAAUUAAUAUUUUUAAACAAAUGCCACAAAAUGAAUCUUUACGUGAUGAAAUAUUAAAUAAAUGUUCAGAUUAUUAUCGAAAAAAUCGUUUAGAAUUAGAUAAUAUUGAAUUAUUUCGUCAAAAUUAUCAAUAUCAACAAGCUAUUCAAUGGUAUACAAAUGAAAGUUUUUUAUAUAGAUUAUUAAAUCGUGCAUUACAUAUAAUAGAUUUUGAAAUUUUAUAUUCAAUACGUUUUUUUCUUAUUGAUUUAUAUUUUGAAAUUGAAAAUAAAUAUAAAAAUAUUAAAAAUCAAGAAUAUUUAAUUGUUUAUCAUGCACAAAUUAUGUCUAUUGAAGAAAUUGAAAAAUUAAAAAAAUAUAUUGGUUGUUUAAUUUCAAUAAAUCAUUUUUUAUCAACAUCACGUAAUAAAAAUCUUUUAUUAUCAAUAUUUCAACAAAAUUUUUCAACAUAUAUAAAUGUUCUUUUCGAAAUUCAUGUUAAUCUUUCUAAUGAAACAAUUAUUUUAACUGAUAUAUCAUCAUAUAAUUCCAUAUAUCAAGAAAAAGAAAUUUUAUUUAAUAUAAAUUCAUUACUUAAAAUAGAUUCUAUUGAAUAUGAUUCUAUAAAUAAUUUAUGGAAUAUAAAAUUAAUAGCAAAUCAUGAUGAAACAAAACAUAUUAAUGAAUAUUUAAAAUGGAUUCAAAACGAAACAGAUUAUCAUAGUACAAUGAUCUAUUUUGGUCAUCUAUUAUGGAAUAAUCUAGGUCAAAUGACUCAAGCAAAAAAUUAUUUUCACAUAUUAUUAAAAUCUUUAUCAAAUAAUCAUACAGAUAUUCCAAAAAUUUAUAUUGAAUUAGGACAUAUAAAUAAUGAAAUUGGAGAAUAUAACUCAGCAUUACAUAAUUAUCAAUGUGCUUUAAAUAUUUAUCAAAAACAAAUACCAAAAGAUAAUAUUUGUAUUAUUUCAUCAUUAAAUUAUAUUGGAAUUAUUUAUAAACAUAUGAGUAAAAUUGAUCGUGCUAUAGAUUAUUAUCGACAAUCAUUAGAUAUUUAUGAAACUACAUGUUCACAAGAUCAAAAUCAUAUUCAUCGAAGUAAUAUUAUGAUUAAUAUGGGUUUAGCAUAUAGAGAUAAAAAAGAUUUUAAUACUGCACUCAAUUAUCUAACUCAAGCUUAUAAUAUACGAUGUGAUAUUCUUCCAAAUGAUGAUCUAUUAAUUGCAAAUUUAUUGAUAGACAUUGGUAAUAUUUAUCAUGAUAAACAUGAUUUAAAUCAAGUUCUUAAUUAUUAUCAACAAGCUUUAUCAAUUCAAGAACUAGUCUAUCCAAAUGAUCAUUUAAAUAAAGCAAAACUAAUACGAAAUAUUGGUAUUAUUUAUUCUGAUAAACAAGAUUGGCAAAAUGCGUUAAAUUAUUUAAAUCGUACAUUAAAAAUGUAUCAAUGUUUAUUAUCUAUGAAUAUAAAUCAUCCUGAUAUUGCUAUAUGUUAUGGUGAUAUUGGUAAUAUAUAUGAAAAAAUGAAUAAUUUAGAUUUAGCAUUAAAUUAUUAUGAUAAACAAUUUCAAAUUGAAGAACAAUGUUUAUCUUUUAAUCAUUCAAAUCUUAUUAUACAUUUUGAUAAAAUAAUAAAUAUAUUAAAAAAGAAAAAUCAAAUUGAAAAAGCAAUUAAUUUAUGUCAAGAAAAAUUAUUAAUAUUAAAAAAUAUUUUUGGAAUUGAAUAUGAAUCUAAUACACGUAUAGUUCGUAUAUUAAUAUUAAUAGCAACAUUAUAUGAAGAUAAAAAUCCUCGUGAAUCUCAUCAAUAUUAUCAACAUAUUUUAGAAAUUUUUGAACAUAAUAAAAAUGAAGACAUUUUUCAAAUAUGUCUUUCAACAAUGAUUAAUUUUUAUUGGAAAUGUCGAAUGUUUGAUCGUGCAUUAAUAUGUCAAAUGAAAUUACUUAAUCUUCGACGUUCAAUAUUAUCAUCAAAUCAUCAUGAUAUUGCAUAUAGUUUACGUGAUUUAGCACGACUUUAUCGUGUUAUGAAUAAAUCAAAUGAAGCUUUACAAUAUUUUAAUCAAAGUUUACGUAUUCUUCAAACAAAAUAUGGUUCAGAACAUAUUGAUGUUAAAAAUAUUCAAAAAGAAAUUAUCGAUUUAAAAGAUAUUAUAAAAUCUCUAUCAGCUAAUGCUGAUGAUGAUUAUAAUAAUCGUCGUUCUUCGAAUGCACAUAAAGAAUUCUUUAGUAUGCCACAAAAUGAUACAAAUUCUCAAUCAUCUACAUCAAUUUAUGGUAUAAAAAAUAAAUCAUCAACAUCAGACUCAACGAGUGUAGUUUGUGUUAUUAUAUAA